UUGUCAUCUGUGAAUUUCGUCUGCGCGAUCGAUAACACGAAUUGGCUAUUCGUAGUUACAGAGGUUGGAUACUUAUUGAGCCGUUUAUGGACGGUUAGUUUACGUUGGUGCUUCAAGUAGCAAAUUUUUCAUUGUAAAGUGAUAAUAUGGAUACGACCGGGGCGUACGGCGGCGGCAAGGCCGGGGGCGCCUUCGAUCCCCAGCAAUUCAUCCAGAGACCUCCCGUGAUUGUCAGGGCGGUUUGUUGGCUCUUCAGCGUGAUAGUGAUGGGCUGUAUAUCAGCCAAGGGGUGGCGCACAGGAGAAGACGGCAAGGAGCACUGCGUAUACAACGAUGACACGAAUGCCUGCAACUAUGGAGUUGGAAUCUCCGUGAUUGCUUUCAUUGCUUCCGUUGGCUUCAUUGCUGGCGAGUACCUGUUUGAGCAGAUGUCUUCGGUGAAGACCAGGAAGCAUUAUGUACUGGCUGAUAUGGGAUUCUCUGCAUUCUGGGCGUUCCUAUACUUCGUUGGGUUCUGCUACUUGUCUAACGCGUGGGGCAAGACCGACAACCCUCCAAUGGGCACCGCCAACAAUAUGCAGGGAGCCAUCGCCUUCUGUUUCUUCUCCAUCUUCGCCUGGGUGGCCUGUGCGUUCUUCGCGUUCCAGCGGUUCCGUGUAGGUGCUGACGCAGCGUUCGCGCCGGCAUAUGAAGUAGAGGGCGCUGUGGGCAGCCCUGGCGCCUUCCCCGCAUACCCCUCCGCCCCCGACCCACAGCCCGCCUACAGCGACCCGCCAUUCUCGCAGACGCAUGCCUCUGGAAACAUCGACUACACGGCCCCAACCUACUAAGCUCUAACGGCACGGGAAUGAAUAGAACAUUAUCAAGUUUAUUUGCAAACACAACAAAACUGGUCGUAAGUAAUAAUACCUAAUUAUUACAGCAAAACCUUUAAUAAAAUACCUAUAAAACAAACUUACUAAAGAAAAACGAUUUAUUCGUAGUAUUUAGUCGAUUUUCAUCACUCGAUUGUCUAAAUCGAUACCAACUUUAGUGAAAUAUAAAUAACCAAAGAUGUAUACAGUUCUGCUUUAUAUUAAGCUCUAUUUUAUUAGUGGAUGGAGUUUUAAUAGAUGAAAAAGGACGGAAGGAUUAUUUUGGCCAAUGAUAUAAAACGUUUUAAUGGUAACUGAAAUACCUAUUACUAGUUACUUCUCCAAUUAACUAAACCAUUCGAACUUUAUCAAAUAGGUAACAAAACGACAGUAAUCCAGAAAACAUAAACCAAUAAAUGAAAUUGUGGUAAACCGUUAAUAUUUCAUGUUCCUUUUCAAAUUUCUCAUUCCUAAUAAAGUAGGGUUUAUAAACAAAUGAAUGUAAUUAUUAAAAAUGUUUCAGUGAUAGCAAUCAUGUCCAUUUAUUUUAAUGAAGCUUAUUUUUCUAUUUAUUUGUUAAGCGUAGUUGUAAUCAGUCAUUAUUACAUUUACUAAAUAAUA